UACACAAACAAUCGAACGAUGACGAUGUAUUUUGUGCAUGUUAAAUUGAAUCAAUUGAUGCAUUCAACAACAACUACGUAGUAUUUUCAAGCUUGAGGCGAAAGUUUUAUUUUUCAUAUGGACUACUACGGUGUUGCUUUAUUAGUAACCACCACAGCCUUUGCUGUCAUUUACUUUCUAGAUUCCUUUGAGCCCACUCUACUGUUACAGUUGGCUGUUAAAUCUUUAUUGGCGCUUGGUGUUGCUACAUUCAUUAUUCAAAAUGGAACAUGGUUAUUGAGAAAAUGGAAGAGAAAAAGAGAAAAUUUGCAGGACACCGUUGUUGAUCCAAACAAACACCAAAGUGAAGAACAACAUUUCAAAGAGAAAAUUCAACAUGACCACCUUAAAAAGGCUGAAGGUUACAAGUCUAGAAUUCUGAUUCCAAGAGAAGGAAGAAAGAGAAAACAAAAGGAGAAUGAAUUUCAGCGGUUCAUGGGUCCAGCUUGGAAAGGGGAGGGACAUGAGUUAGGGGGCUUAAAGCAGGAGGGUGAGAAAGAAAGUCCAAAUGAGGCUGCCAGACAUCGAGUCUUACCCGAAAAUAUCAAUUCAGCAGCAGCUGAGAGAGCCAGAAUCCAGACCGAAAAACAAAACAGACGGAAAAAGAUUAUAGAGCUACCAGAAGAGCCUGAUGAAAACAGCCCUGACUGUGUGUCUGUCUGUCUACGGACUCCCUUAGGCACAAAGCAACGACGGUUUAACAAAGGAAAUACAAUUCAGCAUGUUUUAGACUAUAUGACCUCCCUUGGAUUCAGUCAGAAACAUUAUACCAUAUCUACCUCCUUCCCAAGAGAAUGUCUACAUACACAAAGGGAGAAGACCCUGGAAGACAUGAGAUUUAUUAAGAAAGUGUUAUUAAAUGUUGAAGAAAUAGAAUAGCACUUUUAGAAAUCUGAGUAAAAAUCUAUAUAUUUUUCUAAUUUUUAUCAACUGUAAUUUAUGAAUUUAGUGGCAUUACUUGUAUUAUUAUUGAUUAUACAUGUUAUGUUUUAGAUGUUCUAAUUUUGUUUUAGAUAUUUUCUAAUUCUGUGCUGUUUUUUUCUGAGUUGGUUAAAAGAAAUUUCUUGUACAUGUAUACUGGGUUUGCUUGCUCAUUUACCAGUGUACCAUCACCUAACCACUUCCUAGUGAUGAAAAAUUAUGAUUUUGCACUUACAUAGCAUUCAACAUUUGUGACAUCAAAAUAUAAUCAUUACCCUCUGUGUUAUGAAUAAAUGUCAUACCUUUCAACACACCUUUAAAAGGAAAUUUCAAAUAGAAUGUAAAUAUUUUCUGAUAUCUUUAUUGGGGGCCCAGUAAAAAGCGAAGGGUUAAGGGUUUGAAUUCUGGUGAUACGAUUGUCUGAAUAUUUUCUUCUCUCUUUUAACAUUUUAUUUAUGUUUUAAAAGAUGCUAUGUAAGUGUUAAUUAUAAUAAUAAAGUAAUCAGUUGUUUGGUAAAGAUAUUUUUAUUGAUGAUUUUUAUUUUAACAUAUAUGUUUUAUCUGCUUGAAGUUUGCCAUUUAUUUCAAAUGGUGGUAGAAUUAUUUAUGUAUCUUUAGUAUUCUUAAUAAGGGUGAUUUUAUUGUUGCAAAACAUGCCUCUUUGGGGCAGAGAGAAAAGUUUAUUAAAUCUUGCAGAACCAGACUUUCAGAUGAGACUCUGAGUUCUUCUUGGAGUUGUUUCUUUUACAUUUACAGAACUAUGUAUCUAGGUGACCUCUGAGCUUGUUUCAUGUUUUCUUCAAACAAGAAAACUUCAGCAGCACCAUUCUGAAGAAUGUAACAGAAUAAUGAACUGAAAUAAAAAGAACUGAUGGAAAGAA